AUGCAUCGAGCCAUCUUGCCGAUUAGUGAUCAGAUUGGGUUGGAAAAUCCGAUAAUUUCAUACAACGGUGGGAUGGUCAAACACCCCCGAACAGGGGAAGUUAUUUACCACACUCCCAUUCAGGCGGCGGAUGCAACGGCGUUGGUGGAAUACGGAGAUCAGAAGGGACUACAUCUUAACUUCUGUUUGAAUGAUCAACUAUUCAUCAAGGAAUAUAAUCAGUGGAGUGAAUUAUAUGAAAAGAGAACGGGGGUUUCGGCAACGGCACUCGGCAAUCUUCACGAGUUAGAUGGGCAAGAACCCACGAAGAUGCAGAUUUUAGAUACGCCUGAAAAAAUCGAUCUGCUCCUCACUGAAUGCAAAACCGAAUUUGGCGAGCGGUUGUAUGUUACGCGGACACAGGUCGAAUAUAUCGAGUUUAUGAAUCCACAGGUAUCUAAAGGGCGAGCGUUGCAAGCACUCGCUGACCAACUUGGCAUCCCCAACAAUCGGAUUGUUACAUUUGGCGAUGGAUACAACGACGAGAGCAUGAUGGAAAUAGCCGGUUUCAGUGUGGCUAUGGGAAAUUCCGUCGAUCAAAUUAAAGCUAUCGCUGAUUACACGACGGACACCAACCAGAACGAUGGCGUCGCCCUAGCGGUCGAGCAUCUGCUGCUUUGA